AUGUCUGACGAGAAAAACAUCGUGGACGCGGCCCAAGAGGCCGAAGAAGGGUUCUUGGAGUGCUACAUCCGCUUCAAUGAUGACGCCGAAAAGGACUAUUGCUUUCAAGUCAGUGUCAACACUCAAUUCAACGAUCUCUUCCGGAUCUUUUCCACCUUGCCUAUCAGUUUGAGACCUUCGAUUUUUUACUCCCAAAAACCCGCCGGGUUCAAGAUCAGCACCGCUCCUGGAUACCUUACCGAUGACGGUGCCAUUCUCUUUGACCACGACGCCACCAGCGAAAAGUAUCUCCAGACCAUUGACUUGUCAGAUAAAAUCGGUGACAAGAUCUGGCCUGGUCAGUUGAUUGUCCCCGUAUGGGAACGUAACACCUUUGGCUACUACGCGUUUGUGACGGGAUUGUUGGUGUGGCUCUACACCGACUUGCCGGACUUUGUGUCCCCUACCCCAGGGAUUUGCUUAACCAAUCAGAUGUCGAAAUUUGUAUGCUGGGUGUUAACCAAGUUGGGAAAACCUGACCUUGGAAAAGUGUUCAUUGAGGACUUGUAUGAUGAGACUGGAAUCGCCCCACAGAUGGUGUUUUUCUGUAUGCAUCUUAUCAAGGUCAGUAUCAUUUACUUGUUGGUGAACCUUGGGAUUUUCAACCCUAUCAAACUCUUUAAGAUCCCCGGCACAAAGGGCAUCAAAAAGGACGUUACUAGAGAUGAGUUGUUGCACUUGGGUUGGACCGGGUCCAAGAGAUCCACCAUUGAAGAGUACCGGGAGUACUACAGAAAUUUCAGAAUCAAGCAGUACAAAUCGAUUGUGGAGGCUCAACAAGAUGGACUUUUCACUCGCUUGAGAGUGUUGGGAGUGCAAUUAAAAGAUGGUGAAGGUUACAACACCCCAUUGGACAAAAAAUCGACUUUGAAGGACUUGUUAAAUAAGGACGAUAUCAAGUUCACCUUGAACUAUGCGUAUUUGGCCAAGUUGUCGAAUUUGUUUGAAAAACACAUUGGCGAGCCAGAGGUGGAUAUUAACGAGGCCGUCAAGCAGUUUAGAAGAUACGGGUUGUGCAAAAGAGACAGUGUGAUUGAGGAGAUUGUGGAGUUGAGAAAAUCGGUGGAGGUUAAGGAGACGUAGAAGAGUAGCUUAUUGUACAUUUAGUUCAUUUCAAUACAUGCAAUAGUGUUUAGU